AUUCAUCAUUAUAAUCCUACGAACCAGACAAAAGACAUCUCGCCGUCGCCGAAGAGCGCCCCGCCGUGCGAAUGCCAGCUCCGCCGCCUUCACUCUCAUCGCUAUGCCGCCGCCUGUGCUUCUUCCUGACCAUCCUCUUCCUGCUGUCCUCCGCGCGCAGCAGCCUGGAGGAUGCCAGGGCCCUUAGCGUCGGCGAUGAGCUGGUGGGCGAGACCAUUCCGCUUCGCUACGGCCGGAGGCUCUACAGACUCGCCGGGCUACGGCCGCCCGCGUGGUACGAAAUCAAGAUCUCCUACCCGACCUCCAUACCGUCCAGCUUCUCGAUUCGCCUCGUGAACGAUCCUAAUGCCGUUGAGGAUUUGGGGAGUAAGAACAGGAGGUUGCUCAACACGGAGAAGAUACUUUUCAAGGCUGAGAGCACCAGGCCGGUUUAUGUUCUUGUCAUGGUGGAGCCUGAGGGCGUGGUUGCAAAGCCAAAUGUGCCAGAGAGAGAGCUUGCCCUGUUCAACAUUGUUUGCGACGAACUUUUGCUCGGGAUCCCACAUUUUGCCUGGUGGGUGGGAACUGCAGCAUUAAUUUGCAUUGUGCUGGCAUCAAUAGCACCAUAUUUCCUCCCGCUGCACAAGCUACUUAACUACGAAGCUGCAGAGUUGAGCAGCGUUGAUGCAGCUAAGCUUUCGUGAUAAGGCUGAAACAUGACCUAUGAAUGUUCAGUUUUGCGUAGCAGGCUAGUAGUAUACAUCGGUACAUGUAUCUUGUUCUUUCUUCUUUCUAUAUUUUGUUUUCUGUUAGUUCGCAGCUGUACACAAAUCUGACGAUGACUGCACCCUAUAGUUCAGCACUAGAUUUUUUUGUGUGUGGCUAUUUUAGAUAUCUACCACUCCAUGCGGCAAAACCCCAAAUUUCCCAUGAAUUUUAGAUGUCAUUUUUCCAUCUUCAUUUUAUUAUCGUGACAUUCAUAAUCAAGACAUCAUCAUGAUUGAAGAUCUCUUUGGAGGGAACCUUAUUUGAAGAUCUUUGAAUUUUAAGCCCUAA